UCGAACACCAAACAUUUCACCAGCUGCACAAGAGAUAACAGCAGAGAUACACCAGAUACAUAUAACGGGAUAUCUGAUUUAACCGUGUUGCUAAUGGAAAAAUACACCACGAGCACGGUGCAUGUCUUCACUGUCAAAUUCGGAUGCCUUAAGGUCACACUUGGUCUCUGGUGUUGUUUGGCAGCGCCUGCAGAGGGCAGCAGUGGGCCCGGGAGUUGGGAGUCGAGUGCCAGUGCUCGCGUCAGACACAACAACCUCGCACGUUGGGAGACUGCGGUCGAGAAUACAGGCGCCAUGAACCGUGGGCAUACAGAAAUCACAUACGACGAAUUGUCAAACAACCUGAAGGACGUCACGGUGAUCGACGUCAGGAAUCGCAUCGAAAUGGAACAGAAUGGACAGAUUCCCGGAUCGCACUGCAUUCCCGUGACGGAAAUCAAAUACGCUUGCACGCUGGACGAAAACAGCUUCAAGAACCGUUACGGAUUUGAAAAGCCCGGACCCGAUGACCCGCUGGUUGUCUGCUGCAAGACAGGCGUCCGCUCGAAGACUGCCUGCGACCUGCUGCAGGCCAAUGGCUUCAAGAGGCACAGAAUUUAUCGUGGAUCCUUUAGCGAAUGGGAAGAAAAGGGAGGAGAGGUGAUAAAACCUGGACAGCCAGUUUUCUAUGACAGCGAGGAAGACGAUUCUUCAUAACAAGUUGCCGACAUGUUAUGGGGGAGGGAGAAGGAGGGGAGAGGAUGGAGAGGGGCGGGUUGGGGGGAGGGGUAAAGAAGGGAGAGAGAAGGGAGGAGAAGAACGGGUUGGAGGAGGAGGGAUAAGUUCAGAAAAUGGAUAGAAGAAAUCAAGGGAAAACGGGAAUGGCAAGAGAGAGAACAACCGAGAUGAAUAAGGGGUCGAACAGAGGUGAAGAAAAAGACCACAGACCAAGGAGAAGAAAAGAGGUCAAGAGAGAAGAUGACAGAGGUCAAGUAGGAGGAGAUAAUAAAGAUCGCAAGAAAGGGGAAGAUAAAGGAGAGAGAACAGUUAAUCCUCUGGAUUCGUCGACUAACUUUUAAACAUAAUCAUUGGCUCAUAAUGAUUGAAUUGCCAGUCCGAUGCUCAAAUCCUCAAAUUUUAAUAUAAUUUCCAAAAUGGUGAUUUUAGGUUUUACGUCAUUGUUUCCUGAUAUUUUAAGGUUAUAGACAGGAACUUAUGGUUAGUCUCAUAAUCCUGCUGUUUCAGAUGUAAUUUAUUAUAUAUAUUUUUCUAUAAAUGGAAUAUAGAUAGCAUAUGUUACACAUACCACCAGUACCUCUAUUCUUGUUUUUAUCAUAUAGUCCUGUAUCUUGUAAGUUGUUUUGCUUUACAUAUAGGUAAAAGUUUUUGUCUAUAUAUAUACAUUAUUUCUACUGUGAAUGGUUGCUAAGAUAACGAACAAGUUGAAAUAUAUACAUGUUUAUU